ACAGUGUAGUGCUGUAGCCCCGUAUCGUUUAGCCCUCCAUGGCCGCGAUGCUGCAGCGUCGAUCGAAGAUGGGACGCAGGCGCCAUGAUGUGGAAUUUACGCGCGCAAAAUCAACGAGCGCGCGGGAAGAGGAAGCCCGAAGUAUGGGUUGUAUGGUAUUUUGGAGAGCUCUUCCCAUACUCGGUGCCCAUCGGCACACACUCACGGCGCAUAUAUUGGAAAGUUGUGCUGGAAUUGAGCUCCAACCAGCGCAAUCACAGAGUGGAAGUGGAACAGUGAGGAAUCGUCUCAAUCGGCACUUUUGCUACCCACUUUAGUCGCUUCCCGAAGUCAGACCCGUGUCUUUUUAUCGGCAAAAGCUGUGCUCCGGUUGAGUUUUGUUGAAGGGAAAAACCGACUGGUUGUGUUACCAUCGUUCCUUUCGUGGUGGCUACGGUGGGAUUUCCAACAGAAAAAAAAAAGAAGUUCCCUUUAAAAAAGAGGAAAAGUUGAGUAAAAAAGAAGAGAAAAUUCGGCUACAGGAAGCCACCCUUCCUUUUUUUCUGGCGGAUAUCUCGUGACAAGGUCGUGCAAGAAACUUCCAUUCGUGUGAAGGACAACCCCGCGUGAGCAGGAUAUUCAUUUGCAUUCUGGCACUUGAUUGUGUGAUUGUGCAAUAAGGGCACGAAAGGAGGACAUCCCUCUUGUUUUCCGUUUAAAACACAGACACUUUUCAGUUCCCUUUUUUUGCUCCCCACAGUGGGAUAUACAAGAAGAAGAAAUAGCUACAUAGAGAAAAUCUAAACCAGGACACAGGCGGGGUUUUUCGCAUUUGAGAAGAAACGAAAAGCACAGCGAUGGCCGAUAAGAAAGCCGCAGAGCAAUUUUACACUCCACCCCCAAAAUUGGGUAAAUGGGAAGGAUUCUGCUUGUUCCUGUGGAACAGUGAAACGGGCCAAUUCCUCGGACGUACCGGAGGAAGCUGGGCGAAAAUCCUGAUAUUCUACAUCCUAUUCUAUGCAGCGCUAUGUGGCUUCUUUGCAGCAAUUUUUGCUGUCUUUUAUCAAACACUAGAUGAAAACAUGCCAAAGUGGCAGCUCGGUAAUGGGCUAAUUGGAACGAAUCCAGGCCUGGGCUUCCGACCGAUGCCCCCAGAGUCAAAUGUCGAGAGUACUCUGGUCUGGUAUAAGGCAUCGAGUCCCGAAAAUAUGGAAUACUGGGUUAAUGAGAUUGACGAAUUCCUAAAACCUUAUGCUGAUGAUGUCAAAGUGGAAAAUCGUGUUGACUGUGACUUUGACCACCCACCGCCCGAGGGAAAAGUUUGCAAUGUACCGGUCACCAGCUGGGAUCCUUGUACCGCUCAGAAGAGGUAUAACUUCCCGAAAUCAUCACCGUGCAUAUUCUUAAAGUUAAAUAAGAUUUUCAACUGGAUGCCACAGAUAUAUACGAACGCUACCUCGUUACCUGACAACAUGCCCGAAGAAUUGAAGCAGCACGUCGCAGCUGAGGAAAAGCGAGGCAGUAAAAAUACCAACGUGGUGUGGGUGUCGUGCGAGGGUGAGAAUCCGGCUGAUGUGGAGAAUAUUGGGAAUAUUCAGUACUUCCCACGAAGAGGCUUCCCCGGAUACUUCUUCCCCUUCCGGAAUACCAAGGGAUACCUUCCUCCGCUCGUAGCUGUCCUGUUCGAACGACCUAAAACUGGUGUCCUUAUCAACAUCGAAUGCAAGGCAUGGGCACGCAACAUUAAGCACGAUCGCUCCGAGAGGAGGGGUUCCGUCCAUUUUGAGCUAAUGAUUGAUUAAGGGAACACACACAUUCUAUGACUAGUAGCGUUUAAAAAGAAUCUACCAACCAAAGUCAAGCAGUAUGGAAAUGAAGGAUGAAACAUCGCCUGCAUAGUAUGUUUGCAGAGGCUGAGAUAAAAUGGCUUAGGCAAAAGAACAAGAACAACAACAAAAACAUAAUAAUGCACACACCAAAAAAAUCUUACUAAAAAAAAACGUAUGGCUAGGUGAAAAAAAAUAAAUUAAAAGUAAUAAAAAAAAGUUAGUGAAAAAUAAACAAAAAAGCGUAAACCAAAAAAUGAUUAGAAAUGAGACUUUGAGGAUGAAAGGAAAACAAGAUAAAAAAAAAAUUAUACAAAGAAAAUAUCAAAAAAAAAUAAAUGGAGGAAAUUAGAAGAUCAUCAAGUGAAUUCAUUCAUUAGGUAAAAAAAAAUAUGGGAGGAGGACAACUUUAGUACUCGAUAGCGCCACGUUUACGGAAUGUCAAGCAUAAAUUGAGAUCCAUAAGCAGCAGAACACAAGACAUAGAAUUUUUAAUGUUCAAGAUUAAAGGAAAAAAAAAGAUGAAAAAACAUUAAUUAAAUUGAAGAAUAAAACACCUUCAAAAUAUUGUGGCUUGAGUAGAUAAAAUAAAUUGUAAAAAUAAGGAUUUAAAUACUUUUAAAAAGAAGGUAAAAAAAACAACAAAUCUGUUAGAACUGCAAAUCUAUAUAAACUCGAGGUUAGAACCAUUGGGUGUUCGAUACAUCAGCCAAAAAAAGAAUAACAAAAAAUACUUAAUAGAAAAAAAAGUAUUUUUAAAAGAUUAAGAAAAAAUGUGUGAGAAGUACGUUAAAGAAACCAAACGCCCAAGGAGAUGAGAAACAACUUAGAAAGAAAAAAAAGUAUGACUUAAUACUAAAAGAAGAAAUAAAAAAGAAACUAAUUAUAAAAAUUGAUAAAUUUUGUGAGUGUGAUUGGAGAUUAUUAUAAAUAAAUGUAAUUUAUAGGUAUGUAAUGGUAUAUAUUUUUGACUGAUGAUAUUGCUGAGUUUUUAUUUCAAUCUGUACAAAAAAAAAGUUAUUUGAAAUAAAAAAAAAACUUUAUAUUAAAUUAUAUAUUUGUGGAAAAUUCUGUGAAAGGGAAAACUUUAAAAGGAAAACCUUUAAAAACAUUGAAAAAAGAAGAAAAUCAACUUAAAUGAAUACCAAAACCUUUUUAAAAAAAAAUUAACGAGCAACAAGAACAACCGAAAAAUGCAAUUAAGUGAAGAUUUAACAAAAAAAAAUGAAGAAAAACUUACGGAAAAAAUUAGCAAGAGAUAUUUUUGUUAGAAUCUCUAAGUAUAUUUUUAAUAGUAAUAUGAAUUAAAAUGAAUAAAAAAAUUGAAAUACAAUUUCAAACCUAUUAUUUUUUCACAAUAUUCUCAUAUAACUGAAAUGAAAAAAAGAAAACUUGUGGUAGAAUGCGGAAAGAAAUAAAGAAAAUAAAACAUUUUUAUUAAAGAAAAAAAUGUAAUCGCAAAUAUAUAAUUUAAUUAAAAUUGUGAUAGUGAUUGUGUGAGAAUUUUUGCGUGAAAGAUUUAAAAGAAUACUUUAACAAAAUAAUGAAAAAAAUUAUGUAAAUGGCAACGUACUAAAAACACAGACGAGGAAGUUUAAAAGAAAAAAAACAUUGAAGAAUGUGUUUAGUAGAGGAAUAAAAAAAACAACAAAAUGUGAGCAUUACAAGGGCCUGUUUCCAUUCUAUAAAUUCCAUUCACUGCCCAGAAUAUAGAACACAAAAAAAUAUUUUAAAAAUGUGGAAAUUAAUGCUAAAAAAAAGAAAACUUCAAUGCCCAUAAAAACCAAGAGAAAAAAAAACAACUUACUAAUAUUAGAAUGUGUGCAAGAAUCGAAAAAAUUUGUAUAAAAAUUUCACACGCAGUUCAUAAUCCAAAAAAAUGAAUUAUUUAAAAAAUAUUUAUUAAAAAGAAUUAUGAAAUGAGUAAUGAAAGUUAAAAAAAAAGUGAUGGAAAUUAAAAAAUUAAAUUUAAAAAAUAUAUUAUCUAGGCAACGGAUGAGAAUAAAUUUGAUGAAGAAGAAAAAUCUAUUAUAAAUAGUAACAAAAAAUGAAUUAUCCGUGAUCCAGCGCUUAGAGAAAAAUUCAAUUGAAAAAAUUUAAAAUGAAAAUGAUUUUGCAUUGAGUUUUUAUUAAUGCAAAAUUAUUUUGUGUGAAAGAAACAAAGAAAAACCAAAUAAAAACGUUCUAGAGGCGUGCUAAUAUCGAGGAUUAUAAGUACUAUGAGAGAAGGUUUAUGAAAAAAGUGAGAUAUUAAAGAAAAUAAAAGGAGUUAAAUGUGAGGCAUUGCAUGUGAAGAAAAAAAUCCUUUAAAGAAAUAAAAAAGAGUCUCAAAAAAGAAAGAUAAAAAAUCACCGCAUUAGACAGACUUUGGUAAACAGAUGAGACAAGAAAAAAAUUCGUUAUAUUGAUAAUAAACAAUAAAUUGAGCCUCGUAUAUAAGUGUUAAAAAAUACAAUUUAAAGAUGAAAAAAAAAACAAGAAAUCGAUUGUACGCUGCUGCAUCUUUAGUCUAAUAAAUAAAUUUAAAUGAAAAAAAUAAAGAAAUACUUGUAUAUUAGUGUUGCGUAACUAGUAUUGUUAAAGAAAAAAAAACAUUAAAUAUAUUAGGAACUAUAUUAAAAAAAAAACAGAAAUCUAUUUAAAAAUAAAAAAAGCUACACACCACACACCUUCAAACUUUAAAAAAAAAAGUAUUUUUGAAUUUUUGAUGAGCGCUAGUGAAGAAAAAAGUCUAUUUAUUUCAUAUAAUAACGUUGUAGAGAGGAUAUAUUGAAAAAACAAUCUAAUAAUUAUUUAAGAAAUGAAAAGUAUUUAUAUAUAUUUUUUUAGAUUCAUUUUCCCUUUGAUUUCUAUUAAGAAGAUUAUCACUUAAACAUUAUAUAUUUUAAAAUUUAAAAGAAAUGGGGUGGAUUUUGUCAAAAAUCUUUUAUUUCUUUUUUUUUAUCUUAAAUUUGUUGUAAGAUUUUGACACUUCCAGAAAUUUUGAAAGAUCUUUCUAAAAGAUUUCUGAAAAAUUUAAUUCUUUCUCUUUUCUUCUAUAGAAUGACAGAAGACCAAUUUAACAACAUGAACUGUCAAAGUCUUAUAACCUCAAGGGUAGAAAGGAAAAUAAAAGAUUUCUGAUAGAAUCAACCGAAACAAAAAAUCCAUUGUGAAUAAAUCUUGUUUAUUAGUUUUUUUUUCUUUUAUUAAUUUCUUCAAAAAAACGAAGAUAAUAACUAACUAAACUAUGCUUUAAUUGUGAGUUUAUAGAAAAUAAAAUGAAAAGAAAAAUAUUCUUUAAAAGAAUAAAAUAAAAAGUGUUCUGCCUUUGUUUUCUUUUCGUUCUUUGAUCAUUCAUUAAUCGUGAGAAGAAACAAAAAAUAAAACAUUAUAUUUGAGAAUAUCACUAGAAAACCCACCUCUUCACAUUUUCAAACGAAUUUUUGAAAUUUUCAAAACAAUUUUUGAAAUAAAGAAAAUCUCUUCAAAAAACAAUCUAUUGGUGAACCUACCGCCUAAAUUAAUUUGUUAGAAUUUUUUUUAUUUCCGAUUUAAUAAGAGAAUUUUCUUUUCUUAUUGAUCCGAAUUGAAAUCAAUUUGAAAGGAAGAAUAAAACUUUUUGUUUAUAAACCCCUAAAAAAUUUUCAGAAAAGAAGAAAUCAUUGAAUUCUUAGUGAGUAUAUGAUUAUGAAAAAAAUGCGGUGGCGUACAUUAAAAUAGAGCUUAGGCAUUGUAGUUAAGUAUAUUAAAAAAAGAAAGAUAAAAUUGUGUAUGAAUUGCGCAGAUAAAAAAUUUUAAAUUAAACAUUUAAACAAAAAGAAUUAUUAAAAGUGAAGGUAUAAUUAUUUAAAUGAUAAUAAAUUUAAAAACUAAAUAGAAAAAAAUCACAGUGGAUGAAAGAUCUGUUUAGAAGUAAAAAAAAAAGAGAAAAAAAAACAAAUUUUGACGCAGAUGGAAAUGUCACGCGUAAGAGGUGGUAAAGAAAAAAUAUUAAUAAAUAAAUAAUGAAAAAAAGUAUAUAAAUUGAUGAAAACAAUAAACAUUUAAUUAUCAUUCUCGUUGAAAAAAAGUACUUUAUAGUUAUUAAAAAAAGCGUCAUUGAGUAUGUUAUGAAGAAAAAAAAUUAAAUUAUUUAACUAAUUUCCAAAAAUGAAUUUAAAAAUGAAGCAAAAAAAAAGAUGAAAAAAUCACAACACGAAAAAAAACACCAGCAGGGUAGGAUAUGCUUCUCGCAGUUAUGGGAAUCGCAUGGCUUUUCCGCACUGCAAGACAAAAAAAAGUUAUAUGGUCAGUUAGCGAUGAAUGUUCCAUCACACAUUUUAACACAAUAAAAAACUUUGCAAAAAAAUCAUUUAAAACAAUGCAAGAAGAAACUAAUUGGAUGAAUUUAAUCAACAAAUCACUGAGAACAAAUCAUUUAUAAAAGAAAAAAAAAACAGAAAACAAUGUAAUAUGUAUUGCUAUAUGUCAGUCAAGUUAUGUGGAAAAAAAUGAGAGUGGUGGCGACGGAGGGAGAUGAUAAAGAAAUACAUAAAAUAUAAGCAAGUAAAAUUUAAAGAAAAUUAUUAUAAAAAAAAUUAUAGGUAAUGAAAUAAAAUGAUAAAAAAAACAAA